AUGGCCAAAAAGUCCCCUCUCUUCUCCUUCCUCCUACUCCUUCCCUUCCUCCUAACUCUCACCCAAGCAACAUCCAAAGACCAGCCAUGCAAACACAUAGUUCUCUACUACCAUGACAUACUCUUUAACGGCACCAACGUCGCCAACGCAACCUCCGCUCAAGUUGCAGGCACCAACGCUCCCCUCGGCGACUUCUUCUUCGGAAAGCUCAUCGUCUUCAAUGAUCCCAUCACCGCCGACCACCACCUGUUUUCUCCUCCGAUUGCCAUGGCGCAGGGGUUCUAUUUCUACAACAUGAAGACGAACUACAACGCAUGGUUUGCUUUUACUUUGGUCUUCAACUCUACGGAGUAUAAGGGGACGAUCAAUAUCAUGGGAGCUGAUUUGAUGGCGAUGGAAACUAGGGAUUUAUCGGUUGUUGGUGGUACUGGAGAUUUCUUCAUGGCGAGAGGGGUUGUAACUUUGAGGACUGAUACGUUUCAAGGAUCUGCCUAUUUUCGUCUUCAAAUGGAUAUUAAACUAUAUGAAUGUUAUUGAAG